AUGGACAAAUUCUAUCAAUGCACCCAACUUCCACCCGAUAAUUCUAAUUAUUCGCUGACUACAUGUGAGUUCGAGAAGGGAUGGUUUGGCAAGAAUGUAGAACUUUUGUCACCUGUAGCGAAGGAAUUAUUCUUUCUUGGAGUGGCCGAAGCAUAUGAUACUAUAAAAAGAAUAUGUGAUCUUCGUGCCGAAGCUGAUUGUAACAUACGCGCACUGGAUAGCAUGAUUCUGUAUUUAGACGAAGUGAGACGAUUAAUUCGGGAACAAGAGGGUAACAUUAUUAAGAGCCGAGUGCCGAAGUUGGUGCAGGCAUUGAAGGAGUGGGAAAGAUUUCUGGUGCAUUAUACUAAAGCUAAGAUUAGAGUAUUAUCACGGUUUGAUAUUAUGACUGAGUUUGAACAAAAACUGGAGAAACUUUUUGUAGAUCUGGAGGUUGCCCUUAAAGCAGCAAACAUACAUAUGGUACUGCAAAACAAUUCCAUGCUGACAGCAGAACUUGUUUGUAUGAAAAUAUCUGAUAGAGAGGAAACUGGCCCAUUAGAGAAAACUGAUAAUGUUGCUCAUACAAGGACCAUGUUGCGAUUGUUCUUUCAAAGAGUCAAGGAUGAAUUUGUUACUUCAGCCAUUCACAAUGGUGUAAGAUUGUCACAACAGCGACUACGAAAGUGGGCAGAUAACGGAUCACUCCAUGAAUAUUUGCAAAAACACAAGGAUCUUGGAUGGGAGUGGAAAAUAAAAAUGGUUUACCAUAUGGCAAAAGCAAUUGCAAUUCUGCAUGACAAACUCAUUCUCUAUAGGAACAUUUCAAGUCAUCAGAUAUAUGUAGAUAAAGACAAAAAUGUAAGAUUAAAAAGUAAUCUUUAUACAAGAUCAGGCGAUAGUACUCGGAAUGUUAAUAAACAAUUAGAAACUGUUCGGUGGACUUGUCCUGAAAAGGCACAAAAUCCGCACUUGCCUUCCUCCAAAGCAUCUGAUAUAUACAGUUUUGGUCUGCUCAUGUGGGAGAUGUCUUCACAUGAUGUCCCAUUUAAGGAUAAAACUCCAAAAGAAGUAUUUGAAUUACUGGGGAAUGCAGACUAUACAAGUGAGCUACCAAUAAUUAAGGACACACCCCAAGUAUAUGUAAAUAUAAUGACAUCUUGUUGGAACAGAGAUCCUACCAAACGUCCUUCAAUACAGGCUAUUGUGAGACAGCUUAGAGAACUUAAACCACCAAAGAAUGGAAUGGACUCUAGGGAGACAACUGGUUUGUUUAUUCCCAACCAUGCAGUCAACUACACCUUAAACAAUAUAACAAUUCAAGGUGCAUGUGCUUUUCAUUCUGUUGGCAACUAUGAAGAAGCAUUCAAACAAUUCAAAACAUUGGCAGAUUGUGAGGAGGCUGCUGCUGAAGCCAAUUUUUAUGUUGGUCGUUAUCUUAUGGAUUUGAAGAUUGACUUUGAGAAAAAUCCAGACCGUGGAGUGAGUUAUUUGAUAAUUGCUGAAAAAAUGGGGUUGAUGGAUGCUGUUCAAUUUCGAGCACAGGAAAGUCUGUUUGCUGCUACAAUAUUGAGAAAUCAGUUGUAUGAAAUGGGUGACAUUGAAAAUGCAAAUGAAAUUUUUGAAAGAAUGAAGAAAGAAUGUUUACCAUUAUAUGAAAAAGGUGCGGAGCAUGGCAAUUUGCGUUGUAUGAAAGAUUUGGCCGAUUAUGGAGCAAAAUUGGGAGAUGAAAAAAUAUCUAAAUGA